AGCGCGCGCGGGGCAUUGUGGGACGAAAAUAAAGUGCAAAAAAAAAUUCCGCAGAGGGGACAAAGAAGCAAAGACGGAGCGUAAAGGUCUACAGUAAACUUUCAAACAUCGCGUGUUGCAGAAUAAUAUUACUUCAGGCACAAGGCAGUGCUUGCAGGCCGGGGGUCCGUAACUCGAAUAAUGCGGUGAUUGCAAAAAGAUUCGUCGGAGAAAUGGGUGUUUAAUCUUGAGAGGAAAGCAGCCUGUAGCAUCCGAGCUGCGAGCCCGCCUGCGUUGUGUUUAUCCCGGCCUUACACGACACCGCCAGCCCGAGGCUUCCAGCGGAACGGCAGGCCGGAUCGCUCGGCUCUCUGUUGCGCAAGGUAGGUAAAACAGUUCACCAGCACACAGGGGACGGAAGUGAGUAGAGAUGGGCGUCAAAACAUUUACCCACAGUUCCCCCACCCACAGCCAAGAAAUGUUAGAAAAGCUGAACACCCUAAGGAACGAGGGUCAUUUCUGCGAUGUCACCAUCCGGGUGCAAGACAAACUCUUCAUGGCGCACAAGGUGGUUCUAGCUUGCUGCAGCGAAUUCUUCCGCUCUAAGCUAGUGGGCAAGCCAGAUGAGGAGGACAAGUUUGUCUUGGACUUGCACCACGUUACUGUGAGCGGCUUCACCCCGCUUCUGGAGUAUGCUUACACUUCAACCCUGUCUAUAAACACCGAGAACAUUAUUGAUGUGCUGGCUGCUGCCAGCUACAUGCAGAUGUUUACUGUAGCUAGUACCUGUUCAGAGUUCAUGAAGUCGAGCAUUCUGUGGAACGCAAACAAUACACCCCAAGAAAAGCCUCAGGAGUCUGCUCCUGAGAACACCACUAACUGCACCUUAACCCCUCAAGACGGCAGCUUGUCCCCGGUCUCCUCGGAGUGCAGCGUGAUGGAGCGGACCAUACCCGUCUGCCGAGAGUCUCGCAGAAAGCGCAAGAGCUUCAUCGUGAUGUCUCCCGAGAGCCCCCUGAAGUGCAGUGCGCAGGUCACCUCCCCGCAGGUCCCCAACCCUUCCCCUUCCUUCCCAGAAAACCAGACCCAGCCCAUUGACUCGUCUCUGGCCUUCCCGUGGACUUUCCCCUUUGGAAUCGACAGGAGGUUUCAGUCGGAGAAGCCCAAGCUUCCGGAGAGUCCCCACAGUCUGGAGCAGCCGGGGCCGUCUGAUGUGACUAGGAGGUUGGCUGACUACCUAACCUGUGAGAGUUCGAAGGUGACGUCCCCACUGGCAGCAGAAGAGGAUGUACGAGUCAAGGUGGAGAGGCUCAGCGACGAGGAGGUCCAUGAGGAGGUUUCCCAGCCUGUCAGUGCCUCCCAGAGUUCUCUGAGUGACCAGCAGACAGUCCCAGGCAGUGAGCAAGUCCAGGAGGACCUCCUGAUUAGCCCGCAGUCUUCCUCCAUAGGUUCAAUAGAUGAGGGCGUCACAGAAGGGUUACCGUCACUUCAGGGUCCAUCCAAUACCAGCAGCCACGCAGAGGAUGAUGAAAGGCUAGAAAACGUACAGUAUCCUUAUCACCUGUAUAUAAGCCCUUCAGCAAGACCCAGCACAAAUGGUCCUGACAGACCAUUUCAGUGCCCAACUUGUGGAGUCAGGUUUACACGCAUCCAGAACUUGAAGCAGCAUAUGCUUAUCCACUCAGGCAUAAAACCCUUCCAGUGUGAUCGCUGUGGGAAAAAGUUCACAAGGGCCUACUCCUUAAAGAUGCAUCGGCUGAAGCACGAAGGUAAACGCUGUUUCCGGUGCCAGAUAUGUAGCGCCACUUUCACUUCCUUCGGUGAAUAUAAGCACCACAUGAGGGUGUCCAGGCACAUAAUCCGCAAGCCGCGGAUUUACGAGUGCAAAACGUGCGGCGCCAUGUUCACCAACUCUGGAAAUUUAAUCGUACACCUGAGGAGUCUGAACCAUGAGGCAUCAGAGCUAGCAAACUACUUCCAGAGCAGUGAUUUCCUCGUGCCCGACUACCUGAAUCAAGUGCAGGAGGAGGCUUUGGGACAGUACGAGUUACCAGAGCACAGUUUUGAAGGCAGCUCCUCUGUCCAGAUGCCCGUUAUCUCCCAGGUGUCGUCCACGCAGAACUGUGAAAGCACCUUCCCGCUGGCCCCCCUGGGCGGACUGACCGACAAGGAGGAGGAGGAGGGAGUGGCGGAAGAACCAAAGACAAAUGCCAGCAGCUCUCCUGAGGACCCCGACGAGGACCCCCAGAAGAAAGGGCUGGCUGCGAUGACGCUUGAAUAAGCCUUCCCUGCAAUUGGAAAGUGCCUGAAUUUCUUUUAUCCGAUGCUGACAGCAUCCUGAAAGGGAGAAACAAACAAAAAGAGACAGAGAGCAACAAAAAAAAAGUUUCUUUCUUUUUUUCAGAAUUUUCUUUGUGCCUAUUUCAACUUCGAAAACGUGUUCCUGAAAUAUUUUUUUUAAUGGAAAAGCUGUGGUUUCCGUAUAUACUUUCAAGUGCUGUGGCUUCAAACUAAGGACUUGUUACAUUUUUGAGGUCUCAUUUGCUUGUAUUUGGAUGCUUGGCUGGAUAUUUUGAUGUUUGUGAAUCUUGCGUGUGUGUGUGUGUGUGAGCGUGUUUUUUGUUUUUGUUUCUUCCCUUGAGAAUAUGAACCACAUUUUUAAAAAAGUAUUUUAAGCAUUUGUUUUAAUUCAUUAGUGUUGCAAUGGCUUUGUCUUUUUAAUAUUCUCGAUAAAACUGUUCAACCUUGUUCAUUUUCUGAUUGAACAACAACUUUGCAAGCUUCUGGCCUAUAAUGUAUGCUGGUAAUUAUUGUUCCUGUGAAAAAAGAAAGUACAGUUUUUAAUAAUUUAAAUGCAUGAAUACUCUUAAGGUAGUGUUCAUGCCUUUCAGAGGAUACAUAUUAUCCACACGCAGCACUGGUUUAGAUGUUGAUAUUCUAAAUUGGUUAUCAAUCCAGACAUAUACAAUAGCUGUGUGUUAUUGUUUUAGAUUGAAUAUUUAUGGGGUGUUAAGCUCUAUGUUGCUGCUUUCCUAAAUUCAUCUCCGGUUAUCAACAAGCAGAAUGUCCCUGAGAAGGUAUCUGUUCGAACUGUCUAAUGUAUAUACAAAAGUGCAAAAAGAGACCAAAAAUGUGUUUUUCUAAUAGAUUUUUGUUAUUUUUUUCAGUCUCUUUUAGCAUAUGACUUGCAGGCUAAACCUGUAUUUUUACAGUGGUGCAUCACUUUAAAGAAGAGAAAUGUGCAGCUGAAAUUCAGUGAGCUUCUCCCAUGACAUCCCCAGUGCCUGUGGACAUGGAGCUGUGGCAGCUUUUGGGAACAUUGCUCUGAUAAGUCAGUCACUGUCUGAAGUAUACCACUGAGUGUAGGGGUGGACUGCAAGUCUAUUCUGAGGGUUCACAAAAGCAAUUGUUUUAAGGUACAUUAAUAGAUGACUCCACUUAAAUUGGCAUACAGCUCCACCUGUUCAGGAGUAAAAAUGCAAAAUUAAAAAAGUCAGGGUGUCUUUUUAAGUAUUUUAUGUUUUAGCUCUGAAAAUUGUAUAGCAAAUGUUGUGUCAUCUAUGAAAACUAUUAUUCUGAAUGUGCCAAAACACUGAGUACCAUAAUAAUUUUAAUGGAAAAGAUGAUAGUGAUACCAUAUGGGGAGAAUUAAUGUAUCUCAGCACAUAUUUCCAGUUGAACAAGGGGUUAUAUAAUAAGUAGGGCCUGGAGUUUUCGUGACUAAUUUUCUGACUUGUAUUUCUGUCUUUAGCUCCAAGAGGUUGUAGAAGCCUUUUCUAAUUAAGCAAUUAAAAUGUAUCCCAUUGCGCCCUUUUAUUCAUAUCAAUUAGUCAUUUAAUUACUUCAAAUUAUGCACAUAAAAAUGGAGAUUAGCAGUAAUGUAAAUGGCUGUUGACACUUUCAAUAACAUGUCAAUUUUAUCUAUUAGUAUUGCAGACAAGCAAUAAAUUACAGUGAUCAUUAGGGAGCAUGUGUAUAAUAUGUCAACAGAAUAGUUUUGCUUUGUUCAAAGCAGUUUGAAAUAUUAAGAAAUAUUGAAAUCAUAAAAUAAGUUGCAGUUGCCUGUAUAAAAACAGUGUGAAAAGAACGGCUGACAAGGAACAAGUAAAUGCCAUUUACAUGUAAGUACAGUCAAAGGAAGUCCCCAGUGUAUUAUUUUUUGCUGUUAAACUUAUUGUCGGCAGGUUUGUCCAUUAACCGAGACAAAUCUAGUCACGUUCUGAAAGUGAACUUCAAGUGCUUUUAAACAUUUCACAGUGGAGCUUUUGGUGUAGAUCGAGUAAACUGUAUCUGCUAGAAAAACUGGCAGCACUGGUACAUAAUUGCCCGUGCAGAGCGAACAGUGCUGAGCAGUGGUCUUUUAUAUCUCUGGUUUUUCGGCAGUAACUCUGGAUAAACUAUCAGCAGUUUCAAGCAGUUCUGCAGUUUUGUUUUUGCUCAUAUCAGCAAUCAGCAGUUAGUAGUUUCUCAGUUGACUUGCUGUAGGAAUCGCCUCUGCUUUUAUUACAUGCCUGCUCAGAAAUGCAUGCAUCUUGGGAUGGUCGAAUUAUCCCUGGGGACUGUUGGCACAGGCCGAUGUUCUGUCAAUAAAUUACAGCAUGUCUGCAUUCCAGGCUGUCUUUUCCCUUGCGUUUUUUGUACAGGACUCUCUCUCACCAGUGUCUUUCUCAGCUGUUUUGAAGCUGGUCUAUUUUUGUCUUUUGAUCGUGGUCCAAUGAUAAGCUUUAGCAAAAUAAAUUUAAAACCCGUCCGUACACAGUACUCCAGGUGAAUUUCCUUUGAUCCAUUUGGAUCAAGUUCUUAACUCGCACCACUAAACUUAUCAUAAUAUGCUUCUAAAUGUAUAAUUAAGCAUAGUUCCUGUGCUGUUUACCUUGAGCUGACUGAAAUUGGAGUGCCGGCAGGGACACCUGGACGAUAUCAAUUGAACUACAGGUUAGGAGCUCAUAAAGGUCACAUAGUCAUGUGAAACUCCAGGCCCUAUUAAUAAUCCGUAUUUACCAGCUGCUUCUAGUAGAAAUUAAGUGUGUGAGAUGAAAAACAGCAAAGUCUAGCAUGGAACUUGACAUGGGGAACUUAACUAUGGGGUUAAGAUAAAUGUGAGAGAAAACACUAAAAAAACACUAACAUCAAAUAAUGACCCGCUGUGAAAAUGUAAUUUGUCCUAACUCAUGUACCUGUACCCUUUCCGUUCUAGUUUUUACGCUGAAAUAAGGAGGUUGCAGUUUUAAUUUUUGUACUGUCCUGUAUUAGGGCACAGUUAAUUGAACUCUUAGGCCCAGACGUAAUCAGAGUACUUUUCUUUCAGAAAUGUCUAGCUGCAGUGGAACAGGUCCAGCUGAGGGGUGUGAUGACCCGUCAUUUCUUUAGUCACAAAGGAAAAAAAAGUAAUCGAGCAGUGAGACACACAUGCACACAAAAUGCCAGCAGGAGUCCUGGUUAUACCAGACAGAAAAUUACUUUGAAUAAAUGUGCAUAAGAAUGUUAUUUUUUAUAAUAGAAAUCCAAAGCCUUCAGUCCCCAAAAGUACUGGAAAUGCUGAGCUCCAUUAUGUCCUUGCUUGGUUUUGUGAAGUUAUUUUUUACGAUUAGCCGGUUCCUGAAAUUAUCCUCCCUUUUUGUGUUGUAACACAGGUUGUCUAGAAAGGCGGGAAGCUCACGAUGAGGCAGCAGACACUAAGGAAACCAUCUUCUUAAUUGCUGGAGUUGAUAUUUUCCCACAUCCUAU